AUGAAAUUCACCAUAACACUGAUAUCAACGGGAGGCUUGCUUCUCACGACAGCUCGUGGUUGCAGUGCGUUCAGUCCAUCGUCCACCCAACAACUCUCUUCCAAGACAGCCCUAUUCAAUAUCCCUCCUCCAUCUGUGGAUGACAUUGAAGGAUUCAAGGCAUAUGCGGACAGACAAAAUGCACCAGCCAGUUUCUUUGAAUUGCAAUCCGAUUGCUUAAGGUCUGCCCAAUUGGCCAUUCGUGAUGGCUUUGAUUUAUUGGAGAUUGAGUUCCCACCUUUGCCAGCCAAUGUCUUGGAUUUGGAUGAUGUCAGUGCAUACGAUGUGGCCCAAGCCAACUUGAAGCUGGCCUUGGAUCUUGCUCGUGGAUUCACAAAGACAUCAGAAAAAGAGCAAAAGAUCACCAUCCUCUUUCCGGAUGAAAGUGAAGCCAAGAUUGGUGUCGAAUCAUUGACUGGGCAAGAAGAUGUUGGUGUCGUUACGGACAUUGAGCCAGGAAUCUGCAUUAGUAGUUUGAGACGCAGUGAAGAGGGCGACGAUCGCAACUUCAAGCCCGAACAAACCUUCCUCAACUUGUUUGGUGGCGGUGGAAAGAGUGGCGAUGUCAAACCCCUCAAUGGAACUGACGUUUACAUUGUCUUGGUGGCCAGUGCCCAAGAGUUGCCCGAUAUUGAAGAACUCCACGAACAAGUCAAGGAUGAUAAAAUCCCAAUCAUCAUGUACAAUUUGAAAUUGGACGUACUCAGAGGCGAUCUGGGGGCUCCUGCCUUUCCACCCAAGGAAUUCCAAGACCGUUUCUUGUCCAAGGUCAAGCCUGUCUAUUAUUUGAGAACACGACAAUACUCUCGUUCCACUACCAAACCACCAUUUUUGGUCAAUUAUCAGGGAUGUUUGUUCCGUGCCUACCCAGGUCAAUUCCAAACUCUAUUGGAUACUGGAACUGGGUCCUACCGAAGAUUGCUUGGAUCGGAUAUUCGUCCGGGCUUGGGAGCAUUUAAGGAACAACUCACCCAAGCAUUGCGAGAUGAUGGCAUCUUGCCUGCCGAUGAAGGAUCUGCCCUCAACUUUUUGCGAACGGGUUACAAGACCACCACUUGGUGGGAAGAAGAACGCAAGGAUGCCAGCAUGGAUUGGAUGACAUAA